UAUACGUUUUUGAAACAAGUAUAAAUUACCUGGUUGUGCGGUUGAUUCAUAUCUGCUGCAAAUCCAACGAUGUAUGGUUCUAGUUUAUGUUGGCUGCUACUGUUGCUGCCGUCCUCCUUGGCAUACUCUCUACCUGCUGGCCACCCGCACACAUGUAUCACCGAGCUUGGACUAAAAGACAUUUAUUUAUUAGAAACAUUACCUGGACAAGGAUGGGAUAACCUUCAAAAUGAAGACAGAAAUAUGGUCAUCGACCACCAAUACAACGAGUGUCGAACAACAGCAGACCAAAAGUUUUUGAUUCCUGAUAGUCUUGCGGUAUAUCCAACAAAGACGAGUCAAUUACACACAUUUUCGGAGGUCAUGGAACACUGGGAUAAUUUUACAAGUUCUACGGCUUCUUCAAUCAACGCUGAAGUCGGAUUAAAAAUCCCAGGCAUUGUCAAAAUAAGCGGAAAAUUUUCAAGCGAAUAUGCAAAAAUAAAGAAAAAGCAAUUUUUUGGAAAAACGAUAUCGUUAAGAUCCCAAGCUAGAUAUUCGAAAUACAAAACAAAAAUUGAAUCGGUAAACACACUCACGGAUUCGUUCAAAAAAAGGGUCAACAAAAUUGGACAACAUUUACUGCAUAACCGAACAGACCUCGCGACAUACGAAAGCCAGAUACUCGUACGGGAAUACGGAACACAUGUGGUUACAGGGGUCGAGCUGGGAGCGAUGAUCGUUCAGGUAGACUAUCUAGAUUCGACAUUUCUUAUGCUUUCCUCUGUUGACAAACAAGAGAUAAUCAAUGGAGCUGAAGCAAAGUUCAAUAUAAUAACUACAGGAAAGAUUGGAAUUGAAACAUCAACGACAGACAUGGAAGAGAGUAUUAAGGCUUACAAUAAUUACGUGCAAGCUGGCGACAUCUUGGCCCUUGGUGGAAUUGAAUACACAUCAACUGAAGGGUUCAAAACAGGUUGGAUCGAAUCGAUAAACAACAACCAGGUGCCAAUCGACAAGGAAGGGGACCCGAUCUAUCAUUUUAUAAACGAAUACACCCUACCGGAUAUGCCAUCGACCGCUGUCUUCCAAACGUACGACGCGAAUGUCGACGAUGGAACUUGCAGGGCUCCCACAGAAUCAUUCGUAUUUGGCGGAGUGUUUCAACAUUGUACUAUGCUUGCCAUGCGUGAUGGCUGCGAAGGCGAACAUUUAUGCGACAGUGCAACAACGAGAAAUCCUUUGACCGGUGACUUUUCUUGUGAAGAGACAUACGAACCAAUUCUGUUGAACAAAGGCUCCUUAUUUGGCUCAUGUGUGGUUACAAAAGAAUCCAGAUGUGGAAUUCUGUGGCAUAAAACUUGUUAUGAAAAAGAAACAUAUUCAACUUAUGCUUCUUACUCUGCUUACUGGUGCGCUGCGAAAAAUUCUACAAACCCGAAAAGCGGUAUGUUGUUUGGCGGAACAUUCACACCACAAUACGAAAAUCCCAUCACAAGGGCUAUUUCUUGCCCAGAGCCAUUUUACGCAUUAAAAGUUGCACAGUUGUCAGUCUGUGUUAGCACUGAUUUUGAAUUCGGUUCCAAAAGUUCUGUUCCCUUUGCCGGUUUCCGCAGCUGUUCUUCUGAAAACCCAUACACCGCCGACGAGAGAUAUUGCCCGACAAGUUAUAGUCAGCAUUUAGCGGCUGUCGUCGAUGAAUGUCAAAUUGAUGUUUGCGUUAAAAUCGGGGCACUAGCUAUAACCGAACUGCCGCAUAUUCAAAUGCCGCCUUUCAUUAAGAGACCAGUGAAAGCUUCAGCGUCUGGCGUACAAGAAAACUUUGCUUUCAAUUCACAAACAGAUGAAUGGGAAAGCGAGGCUGAUCUGCUUCGACAAGGCUCAACAACUCAGGCAACAAAAGGAAACAACAACGCAACCAAUAGAUUAAGUCCAUGCGUCGUUUCGAUUUUCCUCUUGCUUAUAUCUUUUUCUUUGGGAUCUGUUAACAGCUUAAUGUAAUGCACCUUCUUUAUUUAUAUGCCCUUAUUAAGUUAACAUUUAUUUAGAUAAAGAUGUACAAGUGUGUUUCAAGAAACUAUGCCAAACUUAGGUGCCUGGUGACCACAUAAUAUUUAGGAUCCAUUUAAAAGAGUGUGUUGCGUAGAUUUUUCUUUAUACAAUUUGUAUUAAUUUAAGUUACAACCAAGCUUUUAUGGUGUCGAAAGAUUGCAAAAUUACAUAUAUUCCAUCCGAUUUCAAUUGAAAUAAAGCACAGCAUUACAAAAUGCAAUAACUUUAUCUAUAAUACAUGUUUAGUUAUUUCUAUAACAUUUUUAUUGUGUUUUUGUUUUAUUUUGAAAAUUGCGGUGUAAAUGUUUGUCAAUUGCUUUUUCAUUUAAGAUAGAUUUAAAGUGUUAUGUAAAUAAUACAUGUGUUGUAUAUAGAAACGUGUUACCAGUGUAUGUGCUUGGUUAUACUUAAUAUAUAAUACUCGGAAAUACCUUUAACCACAAACAAACAAACUCAGAAAUAAAUUGUGUUUCAAUUCAAAUUGUACUUAAGAAAACAUUAUUACAAAACACAAAUUGCAUUUUGGUUCUGGAUCGAUAAAUAUCUUAGUUACCUUAUCCAAAAGUUCCAGCCUUUAUAUAGCUUAUAUGUUGUUAAUAUUUAGUUGAGCAAUUAUAGAGUGUACUCAACUCAACUCAUCUUUAUCUCCACCAUUAGCGGUGAUAUUCAUAUUAUGUACAAAUAGUUACUAUGAAGGCAUGAUAUCUAUAUACAUGAUAUAUGUACAUACACAAUAAUUAGCAUAUUAUAUCAACAUGCAUAUUGAGAUUGUGUUUGUAUCAUUUGCAUCAAACUUUGAGGUAUAAGUCUUGUAUCGAACACAAUUAUGCACUAUUCACGAGACAGUUAUAAAUAAAUACAAACGAU